AUGCAACGAUGCAACGAUACAACGACUCGGCGGGCGAAUGCUGGCGAGCCUGGUAUGCGUGGUUCGAAGAAGCCAGGAAGGCCGGCGAGGUCGAAACACGCAGGUGGGAGGGACGAAGUCGGGUGGAGGGAUACUCGAUGGGGAUGGGGAAUGGCAAUGGGAAUGGGAAUGGGGGGUCUGGGUGGUGGGUCGUGGGUCGUGGGUCUGGGGAAUGGCGGAGGAGACGAGAAGCAAGCCGCCGUUGAUGGAGCGAGGGAGCGAGGGAGAGAGUGGUUGAGGGCGAGAGUGGUCGAGUGGUCGAGUGCAAAGAGACGGAUGGGAGGUCCGCUCGGUACAGUACUGGCAGCGGAGGAGGAUGAGGAUGCGGGCCAGCCAGCCGUGGUCGAGGGGUUUCGCGUGCCUCAGGGGGCAUUCGGACUAGUCGCCGCAGCGGAUGGGCCUGUCGUAUGGCCGCUUGGCGCUGCAGAUGGACCCGGAGGAGAGUCAGGGAGUCAAGGAGUCAAGGAGUCAAGGCACUCAGGGACUCGGGGACUCAGGCACCGGAGGAACUGUGGAACUAACUGGAGAACUGUAAAAGUAGUAAGUACACGAGGAUUAGAAUUCGGCCAUGGACCUGCUCUUGCACCGGCUCUGGCACCUGCUCUGGCACCUCUACCUGCACUUGGAGAUGGGAUGAGAGGGAAGGGAAGGGAAGGGAAGGAAGAGCAGGAAGAGCAGGAAGAGCAGGAAGAGCAGGAAGAGCAGGAAGAGCAGGAAGAGCAGGAAGAGCAGGAUCUGGGAUGGGAGGAUAACCAACAGGCCAGGAGGAUGAGAAACUUUUCAUCGCUCAUACGUAGUACUACUACCUCCCCUCCCUCUACUACUGGUACCGGUAGGUACUAUUACUAUUCACAGCACAGGAUCACCAGGUGGAAGAAGAUACCGAGGUGGCCCGUGGCUGACCCCGUCCCGUAUCCGGUCGGCGGAGGAUUACAAAUUUAA